GUCAAAAAUUCGUUUGUCUAGUUUGUAAAUACGAAAUACCAUUCCAAGCCCAUAGAGGGCGGUAAAACUAAUAACUUUAAAACGGACGGAUACUCUUUGUUAAAAAUAUAUCGUGAUUACGGUUAGGGUUACUCAAUAAAUACAUAUAUACAAAUAUGCACACUACAAAUAGCAAAUAUUUGUCUGGUAAUUAAACUAGAAAUAUAAAAAAUGACCAAAUAGAUUGAAGAUUUUCAAAGAAGAAGUUGGUUGCUUAGCGACCAUUAGCACAGCGUCAUUUCGUGAGCUAGGCUAAUCGCGUAGCUAACGCAUGGAGCUCGUCACCAUAAAUGUUGCAUAAAUGCCACCUAAAAGAGGACCGUUGCAACUCGUCCAGAGAGAAAUCGAAGAAGUCGGAAGACAGGUUGACAGAUUGAUGAAAGAUGUGCAGAGUCCAGAAGGAUCGAACGACAAGAGACUUCGCAGAUGUCUCGAGCUACAAAUGUCUGCAGAGAAGACUUUAAGGACACUGCUGAGUUUAAGAAAGGCAGAUGAGCUAGCUCCAGUGGGGAGCUAUGAUCAGAGGAAACAGGAAGAGGAGAAACGACUAAAAAACAUCUUGGAGCGUCUGAACAAACUCUUUAUGGAGAUAUCACCUCCAGGCCCCAGCAGUGAAAUUGAGUCUGUACUUCUUAAAGAAAACAAACACCAUAUUUCUAAAAACAACAGUGAAGGUGAUGUUGGUGAAGAUGAUGACAAGGAUAGUAGCGAAGAAGAAGAUGACAACAACGACGAUGAUGAUAAUGAUGACAGCGACGACACAGAAGUUGAAGAUAAUGACAGAACUGUGAAACCACAGCCGAAACCUUCUGUGUAUACAGUCCUCUGUGAUUUCAAAGGAGAGCAGGAAGGAGAUCUUCCUGUUCAGAAGGGGGAGGUGUUGACAAUAAUUAAGAAGACAGCAGACGGAUGGUGGCUGGCUCAGGACAAAAAAGGCAACAAAGGAGUGGUCCCAAAAACCUUCUUACAGCCUGGCUCUCGUGUUGGUGAUGAGGAUGAUGACGAAGAGGACAGUGAUGAAGAGGAUGAUGAAGAUGAGUUAGAGGAGAAGGAAGAGGAAGUUAGGGAAGAAGUGGCUGAUGGUCGAGACAGAAUGAGAGCUUCCAACUGGUCGACAGUCAGAAAGGCUCUGACUCAGAUUGAUACCACAGAUGUGCUGUCAGCUAUGGGAGCCAUACCAUCGGGAUUCAGGCCAUCAACUCUUAGUAAACUGCUGGAGGAAGAUGCAAAAUUCAAAGCAAGUCACUUUGUUCAGCCUGAACUCAGCCAAUCACAGCUUUCCUUUAAAGACCUCUUCUUGGACCCAGACUCUGGCAGGGUCCGUGCUCGCCAGGUCAGGACUUGUGUUUGCUUCACUUUGUGGAGCUGCAGGAUGAUUCCCACACCUGGAGUGGGAGUUCAGGUCCUCAGCAGACACGUUCGUCUCUGCGCCUUUGAUGGAACUCGGGUGCUUAGUAAUAUUCACACGGUGAGGGCUUCUUAUAAUUCAAAAAACCUGAAGACCUGGAGCUUCUCUCCGAGGAUGAGCGGCAUCCUGCCCACUCUCCUUAACGGGGACUGUUUCCUGCGCUGCAACGCAUUGUCUCCUAACCUUGGAGUUCUCUUUGAGCUCGGAGUCACGUUUUUACGAAACUCUACAGGUGAGAGGGGAGACUUGAGCUGUGGCUGGGCCUUCUUGAAACUGACUGAUGACGCUGGAAAUCCACUUCCAAACAAAACCUACGAGCUGCCAGUGAAUGGAGGCACUCCUUAUGAGAAGGAUGUUAUAGGGGAGAUAACAGCUGGUAGAAGAUCUCCAACUGGUGUUUUCCAGCAGAUGCUUCAUGCCAGACGAGAACCAAAACUGAUUGUUAAACUAAAACCGGCUAAAAGUCACACCAGAGCACAGCUAAGUCUCCUUCCAGACACCCUGCUGUACUGUCUGAGCUGCGUUGACCUGCUGGCUCUGCACCGACAGCUGCUGGCCGACACGCUGCUGAUGGACAGGCCCACCAUGCAGAAUGCAGAUCUCAUUUGCAAUCCGGUCCUUUCAACAUUUCCCGUGCUGCUGGAUGAGACAGACCUGAUGGACGCCCUCAGGAGUGCCUGGCUGGAAGCUGAGACCAGCAGGAGCAGAGCACAGAAGAGAGACUUGGCAUAUCUGAAAGAAGAGUUCCGUAAACUCUAUAUGUCAUCUGUUUACUUUUUGCUCCACUCGCCAUCGUUGCCCUGUUAUCACUGGGCAGACCCGCCCUCAGAGGAACAGCGAGCCAGAGUCAUCUAUGCCACCCUGAUGGCUCUAAAAAUCCAGCAGCCUACCACCGACCAAUCAGGAAGCUCGGAGGUCUUCUUUGAUUCUACUCAUUCACACCUUGCUUUUGAUGUCCAAGAGUUGACUUUUGAUCUCCUUCAAACCGCACGGUGACAUUAAAAUCACCUUACAGAGCCAAAGGGCCAUUGGAUACAAAAUACAUUUUCCACAAGUUUGUAUUGAUUUAAAAAUGACUUUUUAUAGUUUAACAGAGGACUUUUUACUCUUAAAUGUUUUAUUAAGGAGGAAUAUUCUAUUUCUAUUGUAUUCAAGAAAAAAAUAAUUACAAAACUUUUACCAAUGCUCAAAAAAUAGUUUUUUUAAUACGCAAUCCUAAAAAAAGUGUUAUGGGUUGGGGGCUUGUCCGGGAUUCAAACAGCACAAAACAGACGGGGCAGUAACCCGAGCACUGGUGGGCGGCAUCCGUAACAAUAGUUUGACUUUAUAAAAUAAUUUCCCACUAACUCCCUGUUGCUCAUUUGGGAGUUUUCUUUAACAGGUUUGUUUAGCAGUACAGAGGAAUUAAUUAAAUCACACUUUUUAUGAGCCAAGACAAGUUUUGGACCUUUUCUUUGAAUCUCUCAUGAGCUCUCGAAAGGAUUUAUUAAAAACGAGAAAACAUUUUUUUUUCUAUUUUAUUAUUUAAUGUCUAAAUAAAAAUGUUUUAUUAGGCUAA